CCCACAUGUGUCAUGCUGAGGAUUAAAGCCCCACAGGCUCUGACACAGGCAUCGCCCAGAACCUACUUUCUUCUUUCUUUUAGUUAUAGCACAUUUGGGUCAUCUGACAAGAUAUGAGGUAAAAGUCUCGUGCUGCACAGACCAGAUUCAGAGCUCUUUCUCAAAGAAGAAAGGAAUUAGUCACUCCAUCCAGAGCUAACUUCAAAAUGGACUUUUACUUUUAAAAACCAACCUCAGCUCAGCUGGCUCCAUUUGGGGAAGAAACCCACAGGCCUCCCCUGAAAGUGACGAACUCCUUCCAAGCUGGCCAUGUCCAAAUGCCCCAGUGAUGAGGAAAGGAGGUGACAAGAUGAACUGCACUUCAGGGGACAUAUCGCUGAAAAUAUUGCUGCAUGGAAUAUCUGAGAGUUGCCUGCCUCUCUUCUCCUCUAGGACUUUUGUGGUAGACGUGACCCUUAAAGAUGGUGACUCUCUCCUGAGCAGCAAGAUCACUUUCUACAAGAAAGGCCCUCUUGGAGGAGAAUAUGAAAGUGUUACUCAGACUUGUUUGUUUCAUAGCUCUACUGAUUUCUUCUCUGGAGGCUGGUAAAUGUGAGAAACGUGAAGAACAAAUAAUUUUAGCUUCUUCCGCAUAUGAAAUAGAUGUUCGUUCUUGUCCUCUUAACCCAAAUGAAAACAAAGGCACUAUAAGUUGGUAUAAAAAUGACAGCAAGACAUCUAUAUCUACAGAAAGAGACUCCAGGGUUCAUCAGUACAAAGAUAAACUUUGGUUUGUUCCAGCUGAAGUAGAGGAUUCAGGACAUUACUAUUGUGCAGUAAGAAAUUCAACUUACUGCCUCAAGAUUAAAAUAACUGCAAAGUUUGUACAACAUGAACCUAACUUGUGUUACAGUGCACAAGCUAUAUUUACACAGAAACUACCUAUUGCAGGAGAUGGACAACUUGUGUGUCCUUAUUUGGAUUAUUUUAAAGGUGAAAACAAUGAAUUACCCAAAAUACAGUGGUAUAAGGAUUGCAAACCUCUACUUCUUGACAAUAUAAAUUUUAUUGGAGAAUCAAGUAAGCUCAUUAUCAUGAAUGUGACUGAAGCGAAUAAAGGGAACUAUACUUGUCAUGCUUCCUAUACAUACUUGGGAAAGCAAUAUCGCAUCACCCGGGUUAUAGAACUUUUAACUCUAGAGGAAAAUAGGCCCAUGAGGCCUGUGAUUGUGAGUCCAGUUAAUGAGACGAUGGAAGUGGUCUUGGGAUCCCAACUACAACUGAUAUGCAAUGUCACUGGCCAGUCCAGUGACUUUGUCUAUUGGAAGUGGAAUGGAUCAAUGAUUGAUGAUGAUCCAGUGCUGGUGGAAGACUAUAGACUAGUGGAAAAUCCUUCAUCCAAAAAAAGGAAUACAGUCAUCACAAUGCUUAAUAUUUCAGAAGUGAAAAGUAAAUUCUAUCUAUAUCCAUUUACCUGUGUAGCCAGGAACACAUAUGGUAUAAAUGUAGCAUAUAUUCAAUUAAUAUACCCAGUUUCCAAUUUCCAGAAGCACAUGAUUGGUAUAUUUGUCUUGUUAACAGUAGUAAUUACAAGCUCUGUUUUCAUCUAUAAAAUCUUCAAGAUUGACAUAGUGCUUUGGUACAGGGAUUGUUGGUAUGAUUUUCUCCCAAAAAAAGUUUCAGAUGGAAAAACCUAUGAUGCAUACAUACUAUAUCCAAAGACCCUUGAGGAAGGGUCCACCUCUAACUCAGAUAUUUUUGUAUUUAAAGUCUUGCCUGAGGUCUUAGAAAAACAGUGUGGAUAUAAGCUAUUCAUUUAUGGAAGGGAUGACUACGUUGGGGAAGACUUUGUUGAUGUCACUAAUGAAAACAUAAAGAAAAGCAGAAGACUGAUUAUUAUUUUGGUCCAAGAAACAUUGGGAUUCAGCUGGCUGGGGAGUUCAUCUGAAGAGCAAAUAGUGAUGUACAAUGCUCUCAUUCAGGAUGGAAUUAAAGUUGUCCUGCUGGAGCUGGAGAAAAUCCAGGACUAUGAGAAAAUGCCAGAAUCCAUUAAAUUCAUUAAGCGGAAGCAUGGGGCCAUACGCUGGUCAGGGAACUUCACAGAGGAAAGGUCACAGUCUGCGAAGACAAGGUUCUGGAAGAAUGUCAGGUAUCACAUGCCUGCUCAGCACCAGGCCCCUUCAUCCAAGCCCCCAUUGCUAUUCUCAGCCACCAGGCCAGAUGCCAAGGAGAAACUGCAAAGGGAUGUGCACAUGUCUCUUGGAUAGCAGGAAGGACCUUGGCCAAGAGUUCCUCGGAUGACUCCUGUUUUAGGGCAUUGCACAUUGGGCCGUUUACAAUCCAAGGGUGGGACCCUGGUCCAGUCUGGGGUUUACAGGGUCCCUUGAGUAGCCAGUGAAGUCCCAAAAUGAUUGAUACUUCUCCGAAAGUAUAGAAGUAUUCUUGGAGAACUUUCCACUUGCCUUGCCUUUUUCAUAUGCAUCUACAGCCAGCAAUCAGUUUCUAAAGACUGAAUCUCAUUUAUAGACCUUUAAAAUUGUCAUUUCAAUGAACAAGGGGAUUCUCUCCAGGAUUCUAAGAUUUUGAAAUAACCUUAGCUUUCUGCUGGAGAAUUUCAAAAACAAGAAUAGCAGAGAAUUGAUCCCCUUUAAUACAUUUCCCCCUGGAAUGAUCACUCUGUUCAACCUUAUUUCUCUGACUUUCACUUGACUCAUUACUUCUUUGAAAGGACAGCUGUCAAGUCACUUCCUCUUCCCACUGUGUCAUACACAUGGCCCACAGAUUAACCAUCCUGUCUGAAACACUGCUCCCAUCAUCUCACUCUUGCUAAAGACAAUUCCAUCUCCAAGUGGCUCCCCUGGUUCAGGAGCUAAAGCCUAAGUUCUCCCAUUAAUGUUUCACUGAUGCACCCAAACCUGCAGCCUGUCCAUGCGGCCAUCUCCUCUCUGACCUGCUGUGUGAAUUCCCAGGUCAGCCCAUGUGCCUUUGAACCUGCCCCCAGUGCUCCUCUACCUCUGCCUCCUUCCUGUCUUCUCUGAGCAGAAUGCCUUCUGGAAUUUCCUCUAUCUGACUGGAAUUAAAAACUUACUCCAACUCUGUUUUCCCAAAAGACUCCUCUUUCAGUCAAUCUGAUGGUACUUACAGUUGGCUGUCACUGUGUGAGAAGUCAUUCUAUUUCCUGCUGAAGCCCUGCUCCCUGAGGUCUUGCUGCCCACAGUGCGUUCACAAAUAAUUUGCACACAGGACAUAGAUUUGUAUAGUACUUUGUACAAAAAUAUCCAAAGAUUGCCUUAUUUCAUAUUUGCAAUCAUCUCGAUUUUAUAGAGAGUAAGUGACCUGUGGUAAAACAAUUACACUCUGUCCUGGGCUUGCACCUCCCAAGUGCUGGCUUCUACGACAGCGUUCAGAAGACUUGAUCUCAGGUCCAUAUAUGUCCCUUUCACCCCGACCUCAGCACUUUUGUUGGAAGAAAUGAUAGUUUUCUAGGAUAAUGGCUGAGUCAAGGCAUGCUUCUAAUUAAGAGACCAAAUUUCAAACUUUUGAAUGUUGGAAUUUACAAAAAUUAUGUUAGAAUUUAUGAAAAAUUUUCUGCUUGUAUAUAUGCAUUCCCUAAAGAUAAAUGCAUCUUGGCAAAUAGAAAAUGAGAGCAAGCUGGGUUUUCCAGAUAUAAAAAAUAAUUUUAAAAACUUAAAAAAACCCUGGAAAACUGAAAAGUCACAUGCAUGUGCUGUUUACUGAAAUCGUAUGGACAUGGGUAAGCCUUCUGUUUUUUGUAUUUUUAAUACUUAGUAUUAUAGUUGAACGCAAACUUUUAUUUGGUAGUUUUUUCGCCUCAAAAGUAGUAAGAAACAAUUUAAUAUUUUGGCUUUCCUCUUUCCACCUCUUUUGUCUUGGAUUCCCUCCAGCAGCCUGAGUGACAGUGCUGUUUCCCAGUUGCUGUUUUUAAAGAAAGUGCCUUCUUUCCAUCUGGCAGCACACAGACCCUGCAAGCAGAAGCAUUGGGGGUGGAAGCAGGGAUUGUCUCCUCCAAAAAAGGCUGAUCAGAUGAUUUAAGUCGUGCUGAGCAUGUUUAGUCGGUCAUCUGUAAAUAUAUUUGCAUGUCUAGUUCCAAGAAAGCCAAUUUUGAAACUGAGAAUUAGCCGCAAAAUUGGCCAGAAAGUAAGGAGGAUGGAAAGCAACCAGGAAUGAGCAGUGGUGUUACUGGCAUUGCGCCUGGGAUUUUGGGAGGGACAAGAAUUAGGGAAUAUGCCUAGGUGGAGGAAGGGCCCCAGUAGGAAGGUGGGAUGUCACACUGUCACUCCCAUCUGUGGUAGAGGAUUCCAGAGGAAGGAAGUAGCUACACUCCUGGGAACUUCCUUUGUUUUAUUGUUUUCCCCUAAAGCCUCUUCCUUUUAGGACUUCCCCGUUAAUUAGAUUUUACUGCAUUUUCUGAUGGUGUGUAUAUGUGUGUGUGUGUGUGUGUGUGUGUGU